AGAGAUUAAUCUAUCACUAAAUUUCAAUGAGAACAUUUGAUGCGCCAUUUUUUCUUCCUGUCAGGAUAAGCCUCUUUUUUCUCAUUGUUUUUGGAACUUUCUCAACAUUGCAGUCUAUAGACCAAAAAAGUUUACCUAUUGGACCAUCCCAACGGAAUGAUUAUGAAAAUAACAGUUGGGUUGAAAUUAAGGGUGGGGGUGCAAAAGUAACAGCUUCCUGGAUGCAUUUGCUUCUAGCAACACUUUCAAUUGGCUUUUCAUUGGAACUUCUGUUUUCGUGCUCCUUACUUCACUGGCAGGCUACUUACAAACGCAGCUAUGGAAGGAUUCCUUGGCUGAAAACGAUUGCACUGAUGGUGAGCUGGAACCAAACUUCCACUCAAGAAUGCAUUUUGAGCUUCUUUCCGGCGACCUGCUGUGAUGGCUACGUGUUUGCCUUAAACUGCGAUGAGGGCUGUGGUGGCCAACUUACAGUGACAAAAAGAAAAAGUGAAUGGUGCCCCCCGUCGCACAAACAACAGCUUCUGUUUACUUCUUCACCACGUCUCUCCCCAUCUGUCUGCAGACUACAAGAUUAUUAAGAUUACUACAGUUUCACUCACAAAUCCCAAACCCCAAACUUCUGAACCCAAACAGUGCCCUUUUCUUCACACUUCAAAAUCAAAUACUAUACUCCUUAGAAGAAAAACAUCUCGGACGAUGGAGUAUGAACAAAUUAGGGCUCUUCUCCGGAACCCAGAAAGCCAUUCAGAGAGGAAUCAAAUCAAAGAUCCAAACCUUCUAUCUGUCUGUCACGCGCGUGCGCACUCACACAAAACUCUCCCAUGGACAGACACUCGUACAACUCCCUAAUCAAAUUUGCAGACAAACAUCUUCUGCUAUAUCUGCCUAUUUGCAGGUAUAUAUAUAUACAUAUAUAUAUAUUUUUACUGUUCUUCACAUCUUCAACCCUAACUAGAUAUUCUCGAGAUUAGAGGUUCAAAUACAAUCAUUAUAAAAGAAAUAGUUAGAUUCGUUCGAUUAGACCCUAAUUUGUUUUCCAAGAAUGAAUUAUGAUUCAUUCUUCUUCCAUUACCUAGAUUUUUACAACUCAUUGACCCCAUAAGUUAUAUUAUCACUGGAUUUUUUUUGAAGCAGCUGGUUGCAUAUACUGUCUAUAUUUUUAUUUUUUCCUUUUCUCUCUCUUUCUGAUCUUUUUUAUUUUCAAAGUGUAAACUGAGAAGAAAGCAGAAGGUUGCGUGCAGCUACAAAGAAAGGCUUCACAUUUCUGCAAUCAGGUGAAGAAGAUGAGACAUGACCGAUGAACAAAGUAAAGUCAUCAAUAUAUAUAUAUAAUAACACAAUGGACAAGAAAGAAAGAGCCCUAAAUAAGCUCUACCUAGCCAAUGUUCGUCAAAGGGUCUAGAUUAAUUUCUCUGUUUAGCCUUUUUCUUACCUAUGGGGAUAAUAUAUAUAUAUAUAUAUAAUAAUAUAAAAAAUAGAGCUACAUAAACUUACCUCUGUUGUGUGAUCUAGGUCAUUUCCUUUUCCUUAGAAUCAAUUAAAAACAACAAAAAAAGGAAGUCCCUUUUACCUUUCCAGAGAGAGAGAGAGAGAGAGAGAGAUAGAGAUAUAAAACCCUUCUUCCUUUCCCUUUGAUAAACCAAAGUUAUGAGUCACAGAGCUCUGCAAAGCUGUGAUGGAGCUGAAGCAAAACCCUAGGUGGAGAAAGAAGAUGAAGAAAGAAAGAGAGAGAUAGAGAAAUUUAGGGUUGCAUUGAGUGGAGGAAAGAUGGGAAAGAGUAUAUUUAGUGGAUGGGAAGAAGCAGCAGGGAGAAGAGAAUGGAGGCAAAAGACAAGGAUAAUAAUAAAUGGUGGGUACACUAACUAAAGAAUGACUAUGACCCUGCAUCCAAUAAUAUUAUCAGAUAUGUGGGAUUGUCUCCCUUUUUUUUA